AUGAUUUGCCCACGAAACAGCAUCGUCCGGGAGUUUACAAUCGCCAUCAGUAAGUUCUCUAUCUUAGAAACUCACCUACUGCCCAAGUGUGCUGAUUACAUAUCUCCAAUGUGUAGCCCUCAGGAGUGCGACCUUAUGCUGCGAUGGAGACCCAUCCAUCUUCAACGGGAAGACCCAUACGAAGGCAAAAACGUGGUGCGAAUCAUGAACAAGGAUAAUGUUCGCAAUUUGCUCAUUCCCAGCAAGGAUUCCUCCGUGUAUCCUGCCUUCUGGUCAAAGGAAGACUACGAGAAGAUGCAGGACAAGGCUAAGCUGAAGACGCUAGAGGAUCGUUUGGCGCAGUUUAAAGCCAACGAGGUGGAGAAGAAGAACAUGCUCGAGGAGUCGGAAAGGCGCAAGAAACGCCUGCAGGAAAUUGAUCGCGAACGGCAGCAGAAAGGGGGCAAAGUGAGCAAUAUUCUUGAGGACGGGGGCGGUGACCGCGACUCCGACACCAGCCCGAGAAAAAUCAUCGAUCGCGCAUUCCUUGCUAAACAGGAGCAGGAGGAAGAGGUCAAACGAGCUAAUCGCAUCAUUCUCGCUGCCAAAUGUCACAUCAUACGGGAUGCACAGAUUGCCGAAAAGCAGGAGAUCGAGCGUGAACUGCGCACGGAAGAGCUGCGGCUCGAGAAAAUGAUGUUGCAGGAAAACGAAAAGGCUCUCAAGGAGGAGGAAAAGAAAAGGGAAGUCAACAAAGUGCUCACCACCCAGCAUUCGGAGGAGAUACGGAAUCAGUUGCUGGAAAGGGAAAAAAUGCGUCUCAAGGAGGCGGAACGCAUCGAGGAGGAGGCGCGUGUUUUGAAGCAAGCCCAAAUGGCCAUAGUCGAGGAGGAAAAACGGAAGGAACAGGAGCGCCAUGACCGCGUCAACCAGGUGCGUGCCGGAUUGAAGAAAGCGUACGAGCUGUCCGCACACUACAAGCAGGUGGAGUUCGAAGAGCAACGCAUUGCGGAGCUUAAAAUUCAGGAGUACAUGCGCCAGCGGAUGGAGCGCCAGAAGAAGGUAGAGUUUGAACGCAAAAUUGCGGCCGAGGUACGAGAGAAGGAGCACGAUCGAAUGCUGAAGAUUCAGCAAAAGCUUCUCGAUACCAAGUCGGAGAAAAACGAUAUGGACCUGCGCCGGGGCCAGGAACAUAUAGAACGGGAAUUCCGCCGUCGCGAGAAGGAAGCCGCCAUUAAGAAGAAAGAGCUCGAGCAACAGUUAGCUGUGGCACGGGCAGCCCAACUAGAAGCCGUGAAAACGGAACGAGCUAUGCAACUCGCACGGGAUGAGCUCGAGCACAAAAAGGCAAUUGAAAAGCUGAAAGUCGAGGAAGCUAAAGAGAUGGAACAGAAGCGAAAGCAGCUGAAACUUCGCGAAAGGUAUCGUGAGGAGAUCAUCCAACAAAUGAACCUUAAAGAGCAGGAACGGCGGGAAAAGGAACGCAUUGCUAGAAAUGAACAGCAAGCUCUACUGCAGGCGGAGAAGAAACGUGAUAAAAACAUCAAAUCCAUCAUUUCCAACAAGAUCAAAAUGAUGAAAGAAAGUCAGGUCCCAGAACGAUUCAUCAAAGACGUAGAACGUCAACUGAACCUUGGCAAAUGA